AUGAUUGAAGAAGAAUUGCUUGAGUCUGAGUCUGAUAAAAUAGAGCACAAGAGCUCUCCAUCACCAGCAGAAUCCAGCAGCAGUGAGAAUGGCCUGUCCAGGCCCAGUACACCAGGGCCAAGGUCAGAUCAUGGACCCUUCCUGCCCACAAAUACAGUGGAACCAACAGAAGAAGACAAUACACUUGUACAGGAGCUGGUGGCACAACUACAGACUCAUCAUGAGUGCUCUACUAAGGCUCAUGCUGCAUCAGAGCCACUCUCCAUGCCAACAGUAUCUCUCUUACAGAUGGCAAGCUGGGAAUGUUCAGAUGUCUUAGAGCAUGCCAGCAUGUCUUCCUAUCUUAUACAGUGGGACACCAUCCUGCCAGUUCAUCAGCACCAAAGACUAUACAGUGGGAUGUCCGCAUCAGUGGAGCCUUUAGUCCAUGAGAAAGUGCCUCCACACUCCAUAACCAUUGAUCUGGAAGGUGAUACUAUCCUGAUGCCAGCAUCCCUGCAUGCCAUAAUUGACAUUGAUAGUGCCAGUAGUCUGGUCUUGAGUCUUGCAGUGGCCUGUGAGGAGUUCCAAUGGAAAGUUAACCAGUUCCUGACAAGCAACCUGAAGAGUUCUCUUCACCUGGAUUCCAUUUCAGUCCAGUGA